CCUAACCCCCUCCCUCUCUCUCUCUUAAUUUCACCGCAGCAUACUUGAGUUGCUCAUCUUAAAAAACCUCACCUCUUUCUCUAAACGUGUGAGUUUUUGAGGCCUAAACAAUGCUUGUUCUGUUUGAAACUCCAGCGGGUUUUGCCCUUUUCAAAGUAUUGGAUGAAGGCAAGCUCUCCAAAGUUGAGGACUUGUGGAAGGAGUUCUCCACAGCCGAGACAGCUAGACAGGUUGUGACACUAAAAGCUUUCUCCAAAUUUGAGAACACAUCAGAGGCAUUGUCAGCAGCCACUUUAUUGAUAGAUAGCAAGCCUAGCAAAGGUCUGCGCAAGUUCUUACGUGUGCACUGUGAUGGUGAAACAUUAGCUGUGGCUGAUUCCAAACUUGGAAAUGCAAUUAAGGAGAAACUGCAAAUUGAAUGUGUUCACAACAAUGCUGUCAUGGAACUAAUGAGGGGGGUGAGAAGUCAAUUGACUGAACUCAUAUCUGGUCUAGGUGCUCAAGAUUUGGCUCCAAUGAGUUUGGGUCUGUCUCACAGCCUGUCCAGAUACAAGCUGAAAUUCAGUCCUGAUAAGGUGGAUACAAUGAUCAUUCAGGCCAUUGGCUUGUUGGAUGAUCUUGAUAAAGAGCUUAACACGUACGCAAUGAGAGUUCGAGAAUGGUAUGGUUGGCAUUUUCCAGAGCUUGCAAAGAUUGUACAAGACAACAUCCUUUAUGCCAAGACGGUGAAGCUGAUGGGUGACCGUACAAAUGCUGCAAAGCUUGAUUUAUCUGAGAUAUUGUCAGAAGAAGUUGAGAUUGAACUGAAUGAGGCAGCCAUGAUUUCCAUGGGGACUGAAGUAAGCGACAUUGAUCUGAUAAAUAUCAAAGACCUGUGCGACCAAGUUCUGUCUCUUGCAGAGUACAGAGCGCAACUCUAUGAUUAUUUAAAAAGCAGAAUGAACACCAUCGCCCCUAAUCUUACUGCUCUUGUUGGAGAACUUGUUGGUGCUCGCCUAAUUGCCCAUGGGGGCAGCUUGCUGAACCUUGCAAAGCAGCCUGGAAGUACGGUUCAGAUCCUUGGUGCUGAAAAGGCACUUUUUAGAGCUCUGAAGACGAAGCAUCCUACCCCAAAAUAUGGGCUUAUCUACCAUGCAUCUUUAGUUGGUCAGGCAGCACCAAAACAUAAAGGAAAAAUUGCACGAUCUCUUGCUGCCAAAUCAGCGUUGGCUAUUCGAUAUGAUGCUCUUGGAGAUAGCCAAGAUAAUACAGUGGGAUUGGAGAACCGGGCUAAGCUUGAAGCUCGUUUAAGGAAUCUGGAAGGCAGAGAACUUGGUCGGUCUGCUGGGUCAGCUAAAGGCAAACCCAAGAUAGAAUUCUAUGACAAGGACCGCAAGAAGGGAGCAGGGGCAUUCAUAACCCCUGCCAAGGUGUGCAUGCCUGUGUACUUAGUUUUUUACUCUGAUCUCUCCUUUGUAACAUGUAUUUUUUGCUAUUGUUUAUGUAGACUUACAAUCCUUCAGCGGAUUCUCUUCUUGGACGGACUGAACCAUUGGCUAACAAAGAGGAAGAAUUGGUCCCAGAACCAUCUCAAACUGAAGAACCAGGAGUGGAGGCUCCUGCUAUGGAUGAAGAGAGGAAAGAAAAGAAGAAAAAGAAGAAAAAGAAGGUUGAUGCUGAGGACACUAGCAUGCCAGAAGUGGCUGUAAAUGUAGAGCAGGAAAGUGAAGAGGUGAGGAAAAAGGACAAAAAGAAAAAGAAGCAGCCUUUAGCUGAUGAGAAUACUGGGUUGCAGAAUGGUGAAAAUGUUGAAGUAGGAAAAAAGAAGAAAAAGAGAAAGCACACGGAACCUGAUGAGGAGGAAACUGAAACCCCAAAGAAGAAAGAGAAAAAGAAAAAGAAGAAAAGUGAUGAUUAACAAAUUUAAGAAAUUAUGCCUGAGUAACGAAGUUUACAAUUUUGGCGGUCUUCUGCUGCGUACGGGUUUCACUUGUAAAAUCUGCAGUGUUGGUUUUCUUCCUUUGUAGGGUGGAUUUUAAAGUUAUCUUUAAUGUAUUCUCGAAUUUCGUAGGAUGUGGUUGCAGGGCAAUUUCGAGUGUAACAUAUCAUUGCUGUUAUAUAUUGACUGUUCAUUAGUGUUUCAGGAAAGUGUCAGGAUAAGGUAAUUUAGAGUCCGAGAUUCCCCCUUUGUAGUAUUUGGAAAGAAUCAUAUGGUGACAUAUGUAGGUUUUCAUCUUCUGCGUAUGAACCAUUGUUUUGAAUUGGUUUACUUUAUUUUUGGAAACUGUGGAUGCAC